CCAUCCCCCCGCCAAACCUACAACUUGAACUCAGCAGCUCUUCCUAGGUUGCAAGCAGCUAACUUAGGUACUUCAAUUAGUGCCGAAUAUCUUAAGGAAAUGAGCAUCCUCCCCUGCUCCAUGGAGAAUCGACGGCUCAGACUGCUCCCGGUGGUUCUCUUCCUCAUCAUCGGCGCUUGUACGGCGCACCCCGCCACCCGUCGCGGCCUGGUCAGCGGCAAAGCCACCCCGUCACAUGAGUCAUCCGCUCCCAAUGAUGCAGUCUCGUGGAAGGCCUCUAGCGCCAGUGGUACGCCCGAGGUCAACGCACGUCACGGCAACUCCAAGGCUGAGAAGCACGUCCCUGGGGCCCGUGUCCAAACAGUUGGCGGCAACCACUGGCAGCAGCGCCGCGCUGCGAACACGUGGACGCCAGCUGGAAACCAGCAUCCGAGUCGCUCUGGCCCAGUCACAGCGCAGCACCACAAGCGCGGCACCAACGAGCGGGCGGCGCCCCACGUCCGUCCCAGCGGCGCAUUCCGCGUCGCGAGCAGCGCUGACGUGGCGAUUCGCCACCACAACUCCCCGCGUGGCUCCGGAAGCGGCAGGUGGGCAGCACCCAAGCAGGGCCGCGGCACUCCUGGCAGCAACCGCAACGGCGGCUUCAAGGUGCACAGCGAGAACAACCAGGCGCAGCACGGCAUGUCGGGGAUUCACGUGGCGUCGGACGAAGACGUGGCGAUUCACAGGGGGCACGGCGAUGGCGCCGCAGCCUUGCUGCCGACGAGCAGCGCCAGCCGCCAUGGUGCCGCGGAUCCGCGCCUCGCGCACCCCUCUGGAAAUGGUGACUUGAGCGGUGGGGACUACGAAGGGGCUGGCGCUGGUGCGAGCAAUGGCAGGGACUACACCGACUGCGAUGGCACUGGGGAUGGCAGCAGCGGCGGUGGGGGCGGCGGCAUGGACGUGGGGGCGAUCCUGGAGGAGCACAACAGGGCGCGGCAGGAGGUGGGGGUGGCGGACCUGGCGUGGGACGACGGGGUGGCAGCGGCAGCGGCGGAGUGGGCCAACAACCUGGCCUCCAGGGGGUGCCCUCUGGAGCACGGAGGGGCGGAGGGGCUCGGGCAGAACCUGUACUGGCGCGCACCCGCGGGGCUGACCCCUGAGGAGGAUCGCAUGGCGGUGCAGUCGUGGGUGGAGGAGAAGGCGGACUGGACGUACAGCCCCGUGCCCGAGGGGUGUGCGGACGGCAGGAUGUGCGGGCACUACACGCAGGUGGUGUGGCGCGACACCACGCACGUGGGCUGCGCCUCCGCGCAGUGCCCUGAUGGGGGAGGCAUGUGGGUGUGCGACUACUCCCCUCCUGGCAACUUCGUUGGCUCCACGCCCUUCUAGGGAGGGAUGCUUCUGGUGGAGAGCGGUGGUGGGAUGGAGGCAGGGGUUGGAGGUUCUGUGCUGGUGAGCGUUCCAUAGUGUGCUAGAGCAGACAGUUGAAAGAGGCACAGAGUAGUAUGGUAGGAGUCAGAGGGCGCAUGUUGUGCGCUGCUUAACUGUACAUUUCUGAUGUGUUUGGACUGUUCCAGCUGGAAUUCAUUGCAC